UGUUUAGACGGGGGAAAAUGUCAUUGUCUGGGAAAGAAAACAACACUAGCCCUCAUGCCAAUUACGUGGGACCGUACCGCUUAGAAAAGACCCUCGGGAAAGGACAGACAGGUCUUGUAAAGCUCGGGGUCCACUGUGUCACGUGUCAGAAAGUCGCCAUAAAGAUUGUAAACCGAGAAAAGCUCAGCGAAUCCGUCUUAAUGAAGGUGGAGCGAGAGAUUGCCAUCUUGAAGCUAAUAGAACAUCCACAUGUAUUAAAGUUGCACGACGUCUAUGAAAAUAAGAAAUAUUUGUAUUUGGUUUUAGAGCACGUGUCAGGUGGAGAGCUGUUUGAUUAUCUGGUAAAGAAGGGCCGAUUAACACCCAAAGAAGCUCGAAAGUUCUUCAGACAGAUCAUCUCAGCUCUGGACUUCUGCCACAGUCACUCAAUAUGUCACAGGGACCUGAAGCCGGAGAACCUGUUGCUGGAUGAGAAGAAUAACAUCAGGAUAGCAGAUUUCGGCAUGGCAUCCCUGCAGGUGGGAGACAGUCUGCUGGAAACCAGCUGUGGAUCUCCUCAUUACGCGUGUCCUGAAGUCAUCCGGGGAGAGAAGUAUGACGGAAGGAAAGCAGACGUUUGGAGCUGUGGGGUCAUUUUGUUUGCUCUGUUGGUGGGGGCUCUGCCGUUUGACGAUGAUAAUUUAAGAAACUUGUUAGAAAAAGUGAAGCUGGGUGUCUUUCACAUGCCGCAUUUCAUCCCACCGGACUGCCAGAACCUUCUGCGAGGAAUGAUCGAGGUCGACGCCGGCAAUCGGUUAACGUUAGAGCUGAUCCAGAAGCACACGUGGUACAUAGGAGGGAAGAACGAGCCGGAGCCGGAGCAGCCGGUGCCCAGGAAGGUGGCGAUCCGCGGCAUCCCGUCAGCCGACGACAUCGACCCGGACGUCCUGGAGAGCAUGCACUCGCUGGGCUGCUUCCGGGACAAGAACAAGCUGAUGAAGGACCUGCUGUCGGACGAUGAGAAUCAGGAGAAGAUGAUCUAUUUCCUUCUGUUGGAUCGUAAGGAGAGAUACCCCAGCCAUGAAGACCAGAACCUCCCUCCUCGCAACGAUAUAGAUCCGCCGCGGAAGCGUGUCGACUCACCAAUGCUGAACAGACACGGGAAGAGGAGGCCGGAGAGGAAGUCUAUGGAGGUGCUGAGCGUUACGGAUGGAGGUUCACCUGUACCGGCACGACGAGCCAUCGACAUGACACAACACGGACAGAGGUCACGGUCCAUCAGCGGCGCGUCCUCUGGUCUCUCCACCAGCCCUCUCAGCAGCCCACGGCCUGUCCGAAAGUUCUGUGUCCCGCCUCAGUCCACUGAGCUGCCCUUGUCCCCUAGUUCUAGUAUCACAGACUUCCUGAAACCAAACGAGUCAAAAAAAACCACUUCUAACUCCCUAACGCCAAACUCUAUAUCUGAGUCUCUCUUACCCUGCCCAAAGACCCAAACUCUUCCAGCCAAACCCAAAGACAAACCCUUACAAUCUGCCCGAUCCAUCCCCUUACCUGAAUCUGAGUCCGAACACAUUUCUACAGCCAAGUCAGAGCCUUCGACUCCAUGUCAACCUCAAGCACCCUGUAUACCGGGCAGCCCAAUGGUGCGGCGGGCAACCCCAGCCUCCAUUAUACCCCCUCAACUCUCGGUCCCCUUUAGGCCUGUUGCCCCUCUUUCCCCUAUCCGACUACACCACUUCCACCCUGUUCCUGGCUCUGACCACACCACCAAAUCUAUCCCCACCAUACAGGUGACCCCCCACCCCUCUCCAAGGGGAAGCCCUAUCCCCACCCCCAAAGGAACGCCCGUGCACACGCCUAAGGACAGCCCAGCGGGGACGCCGACCCCUACGCCACCCCCCAGCCCCUCCAUCGGAGGAAUGCCCUGGAAGACACGCCUCAACUCCAUCAGGAACAGCUUCCUGGGCUCACCGCGCUUUCACCGCAGGAAACUGCAAGUUCCCACUCAAGAGGAAAUGUCCAGUCUCACACCAGAGUCUUCCCCAGAACUUGCCAAAAAAUCUUGGUUUGGUAACUUCAUCAACCUAGAGAAAGAGGAGCAGAUCUUCGUGGUUAUUAGGGACAAGCCACUGAGCUCUAUAAAAGCCGACAUCGUCCACGCCUUUCUCUCGAUACCCAGCCUCAGUCACAGCGUUGUCUCGCAGAUGAGUUUUCGGGCCGAGUACAAAUCCACCGCCGGCCCCACCGUCUUCCAGAAGCCUGUUAAGUUCCAGGUCGACAUCACGUACACCGAGAGCGCUGCGGCCACCAAGGAGAACGGCAUCUAUUCAGUCACCUUCACUCUGCUCUCAGGUCCAAGCCGGCGUUUCAAGCGAGUGGUAGAAACGAUUCAGACGCAGUUGUUAAGCACACACGACCAGCCGGGAGUCCAGCAGCUGUCUGGUAGCCCAUUGAGUAACUUCUUUGACGUAAUUAAACAACUUUUUUCAGACGAGAAGAAUGGUCAGGUGCCUCUUCCACCUGGCACGUCCAACAGACACCCACCUAACGCCUGUCGCCACGACCCUCAGCCUAGUGACUCUAAAUGCCCAGUGGGCAAUCCCAGGGACAAUGCUAAGCUGGUGGCAUCCGUUGGGACACAGGAGCAGCCCUAAAACUUUACCAAUCAAGCAUUUCAAGCAUACCUACAAAAGAACUCAAAAUGUACAUAAUCUUAGAGGAAUUAUCCAGAAAACGUAUUAAAACUCCGCCUCCCACUUCCCUGCACAUCCUGAGAUGGACAGUUAUUGACAGACGGCACUUUUCAUGAUGAACAAGCAGGUUUCCAAGGAGAUGGACACUUCAUCCUUCAUCCUACUCUUUCCUUCCCGCUCUCCGCUCUCUCCAAGGACUAAAAUACAAACACUGACACUUGUUCCUACUCAACCUGUGUGCUCCCUGCCAUCAUCUCAGCACACCAACCUGUUAAAAUGUUUGACCAGCCGGUAGGAACCGGCUGCAAAAAACUUGUUCUGUUCCAAAAUGUAGUGAGCUUCCUCGAGGUACCUCACUUUGAUUAAGAGACAACUUAAUGCAAUGCAACAAACUUCAUAAAUAUAUCCAUUAAAGAUGACAGAUAAAGCACCUAAAUCAAUCUAAUAAAACUGAGGACUCGGUAUUUGUAUGUUAUGUAUUUUUAUGCACAUUAAAAUUUGGCUCUAUUAGCAUACCAACAUGCUAAUGUCAAACUCUGUUAAAAUCAAUUAAACGUUGAGUCUCUCUGUGCAGUUAGUUGUUAGCUUAGCAACAUGUUAAUUGCAAAUUGUACUAAAGUCAGCUGAGAAUCAAGUCUCUUGUGCACAUAGCCUACUUAAGGAGAGCCAUGUGUCACAUGGAGUUGCUGCCUAUGAGUGUUGUUGUUAGCUUAGCAACAUGCUAAUAGCAAACUCUACUGAAAUCAAUUAAGAAUCAAGUAUCCAGUGUGCAAAGUGCAAGGAAUGGAUCUGUAAGUCAUAUGGAGUUGCUUCCUAUGAAGAGGGAAGUUGUUAACUUAGCAACAUGCUAAUGGAAAACUUUACUGAUUCUAUUGAGAAUCGAGUUGUUUGUUGUAUGUUACACAGAGUUGCUGUUUCUGAAUUAUGGAAGCUUAUUUUUGCCAUGGAAUAAAAAAUUUAAAAGGUAACUGUGACUUGUCUCAGACAUUUUGUAUCACAACUCUGACUUUUUACUCGCAUAUACAAGAUAUAUAAUCAGAAUUGCAAGAUAUUCUGAGAAGAAAAGUCAAGAAUUGAGAUAAAAACACAAUUCCAUGGCAGAAAAACAAAACACAGUUCUGACGUUUUUCUUGCAAUUGCUAGUUUUAUAUCAAA